AUGCGUCAGCGCGAGACUUUUUUUGAGCGUGUUGAUGCUCGUACUGAAGUUGAACUAAGGCUAACACAUUCAACGGCAGGUUCUGAUCGAGGCGAACUACAAUUUUUAGUUGCUAAAAGUAGUGGCAUUGCGGAUGGUUUGGCACUAGUAAAUGUCUCAGCAAGUCUAGAAACAGCUGCACAGCGAGGUCUGGCGGUAGUCGCAGUGGUGUUAGAGGCUGGAGUAGGAGUCGCACAAGCUAAACCACGCAAUCUGCCGAAAUGUGUUCGUGUUGAAUCAAGUGGCGUUGAUUCCUCAAGAGGAGGCAAGUUUGUUACAUUACGGCCUCUUGCACGAACAGUUGCGACCUUAUAA